AUGACAUUUCCUGUGAUAUCAUUGAAACCGAGUUAUAAUUCCAUCAUAAGGGGCUGCCCGGGCCUUGCGGAGACACUUCCCCGUCUAGAGUGUGAACUUCGAAUCAGAUCAAAUGAUGGUAAGCCUUUCGUCCUCUCAAAUAUCGAAGUUAUCUUUCGAACGAUCGAGUCCCUAAACAGCAGUGGUCAUUCCUUCAGCUCAAAACCUAAGCUCGAAAAGGAAACCGUUCAUUGCCGUAAGAAUAUCAAAGUAUCCGAUAAGAGACUGAUAGGCAUUGACGUACCGAUUACAAUUGCCAUUCCUGAAGGUAUCAAGCAGACAAACCUAAAUCCAAAAUUUGGGCAAUGCUACUCGGUGCUGGAAUGCACGGCGUAUUACUUCCUGAAUGCAGGGACAACUACCCCACUUAAACGGUCAUUCUUCUCGUAUGUAAACGUGGAAAGAUUCGACGUGUUUGCGUCGCUCAAAGAUCCGAAACCGUUGAGACGCCAACAAACCUCUCCCGACGGCAAGUUUGUCGUGAAAUACACAUUCAACAACUCAUUGGUCACUGUCGAUGAUCUCCUACAGGUGGAAGUUGAAAUUAUACCGAACCUAAGCGCCCUGGGCUCUCAUGCGACUCAGAAGAUUUUCAAUAAAAAAUCCAAAUUCAAGAGCAUGACGUGCGAGUUUAAAGAACUUCUGGAAGUUCACGAUGCGCACGUCGAUUUCAAAGAAAACCUGUUAAAGUCGACUAACAGAACUUUUAACGAGACCAUUGGGGCGAGUGGUAUUAAGGUACAGUCAGAAAUUCGUAUUUGCACGCGAAAUGAACUGUUCAAGCAAUAUGAACAAUCCAUGAGUGAGCCUGCCGUGCUUUUCCGCUUGCCCAACCAUGAGCCAGACCUGACCACCGUUCCGAAAACUGUGCUGCUGAAGAACAAAAACAGGGCAAUCCCAUAUAAUUACCAUACUUCGGUGACGACCCGUGGCAGCCUUUUCUCAAUUACGCAUGCCGUUACUCUGCGCCUCAAAAUCAGCAAUGCAAAAGACUUUGAAAUGACACAACCCAUAGAGGUGACGCCCUGGCUUGCGCCACAUACUAAACAUAUCGCCGGUGUCGUCGCACAAGAGAGAGAAAUCGCAAGAAAUGCUCGAGCGUUUUACGAGAGUUUCGGAGGCCUUACAAGAAACAAACACACAGGCGAACUUGAGUAUCCUUCACUCCCUCCAGUGGUCUACACCGCUGACAGAAACACACUGGUACAUCAUGGUAUCCUAUACAGUAUCAGCUCAGAACAGCCGCAGAGGAUUCCUGUCAUCGAGUAA